UGCUGGAAACUCCAAGAACGAUUCACAUGACGAUCUCUCCCUGUAGCGUAUGAGAAUGGCUGAUAAAAAGACAGGUGAAAAGAUUGACUCUCUUCAAGAUGUUCUUCCAGAAGACUUGAAAGAAUUAGCUGAAAAAUAUAACAUUUCAGAAACCGAGAUUUCGGAAAACUUAGACGUCAUUAGAAAUGCUAUGAGAUUGUUGGAGGACUGGACCACAAGUGACAAGUUCAUGAUAUUUGGAGAUCCAACACAAGUGUUUGAAGAGGAUGCUGAAGACGUUGAGAUUGUUAGUGAACUUAGUAUCUCGGACAAUUUUGAGGUCAGUAACACAACAAAGUCACCUCAAGAUCAACAACCCAUGGAGACGGAUAAAGUUGAUACAGUUGAUGGCAUUUUUGAUUUUUUAAAAUCGAAACGCAAGAAGAAAAUUUCUUACUCGACCCAUGAAAUGCUGAAACAAUUAAAGCCACUAGUCAGUUCUAAAAAAGCAAAAGAUGAAUACAAACUUCAAACUCUUAUUGGCUCCGGUGGAACGAGUCAAGUUUACCUGGCCACUUGCAAGAAAACUAAAGCCACUGUGGCAAUGAAGAUCAUCGACAUUGAGAACUUGUACCGGAAGGAUAUCAUCCUGACAGAGAUCAACAUUAUGAAAGAGCUUCAGCAUGAGAACAUCGUCAAUUUCAUCAACUGUUUCGUGGAGAAUUCUUCCUUAUGGAUAGCCAUGGAGUACAUGGACGGAGGGUCGUUAAGAACAGUUUUAGACGCAACUGUACUGAACGAAGACCAGACAGCAGCGGUGACGCGUGAGUGCUUGAACGGACUGGCUUACCUCCACGGUCAUAACAUCAUCCACCGGGACAUCAAGGGAGACAACCUCGUACUCAGCAUGUCCGGUGCCGUGAAACUCACGGACUUUGGCUACUGCGCCCGACUGGUGGAGGAAGACGAGACGAGACACACACAAGUAGGAACAUACUCCUGGCUGGCUCCUGAGAUACUUCGCGGGCAGCACUAUGGCAACAAGGUCGACUUAUGGAGUCUUGGAAUAACUGUCCUAGAGAUGUUGAAUGGGAAGCCACCAUACGCUGACCACAUACCAGCAAGAAUAUUGAUUCUUAUAGCAUUAAAGGGAAAACCGGAUAUUAAGAACGUGGACCAGCUAAGCCCUGACCUUCAAGAUUUCUUAGACAAAUGCCUGACAGAAAACUCUGAUGAACGAGCUUCAACGACUGAGCUACUGAAUCACCCAUUUCUUGCCCGGGCUGCACCUUUGACCUCACUAGUACCAUUAAUCAAAGCAACUCGUGUGGUUCAAAUGUUUGAAUGAUACGGGACUGUACAUGAAUGAUGUCAUUGUUUUGAUUCCAAUUUCAGAUUCUUAAUGAAAUGUUUUUAUAGAAAAUGUUUUAAGAGUAGAAGUUUUUAAGUGCUUCGAAUAAAAGGAAUUUUCAAAGGA